UAAAUAUAGACAAGAGGUCCGCUCGAAUUCUCUGUUUAGUUUAACUUAGCUAGUGAGUGUUAUCGAUUAGCGAAAAUUAUUAGAAAAAAUGGAUGUGGUUCCUGAAGAUGUUGUAAUAUCUGGUAUAGGUGGAUUUUAUCCCAAAGCUACCAAUUUGGAAGAUUUCAAAAAUCGUUUAUUCGAAAAUAAGCCGUUACAAGAACCACGAUGGCCAGAAAGUAAAAAUAUGAGUAAUUUAAUUGGAUGCGUAGAAUCGAAUUAUUUUGACAACUCUUAUUUCGGAAUACAUAGGCAACAAUGCUUCUUUAUGGACCCCAUGCACCGUCUUGCCCUGGAAGGCGCUUUCUCAGCACUCUUAGAUGCUGGUGUCAAUCCAACGGAAAUAAGAGGGAAGAGAGUUGGCGUUUUCAUGGGUUCUACAAUCGGAGAAAAUGACCAGUUAUUUAUGGAGUCUGUUGUUAGUGGAUUUGGUGUUACCGGUCAUUCGAGAGCUAUGUUAGCCAAUCGAAUAUCAUAUUGGUUGAAUUUAAAAGGUCCAAGUAUUGCCUACGACGCCAAUUGGGUAACAGGUAUUGAGGUACUUAGGUUGGCUUUUUAUGCCAUUAAAACGGGUCAAUGCGAUUCUGUCAUCGUUGGAGCUGCCAAUUUAGCGCAACACGACGAAUUUCAGCAUAUGUACAAUGAAAUGGGACUCAUCUCACUAGAUGGAAGCACGAAAGCAUUCGAUGCAAAUGCAUCUGGAUAUGCCCGUAGUGAAGGAGUAGUACUCAUGUACGUCCAAAGAGCUUCCGAAGCACGCAGACAUUAUGCCAGUAUCGUCCACGUUGCUUGUAAAUUCGACGGAACAUCUCCUAAUGGUUUCUUGAACAUUGAAACAGAAAGCAUGCUUGAAUUUUUAGAAGACUUCUACAAACAUUCCAAAGUCAAACCAGAAGAAAUAGAUUUCGUUGAGGCCUACGGAUGUGCUAACAAAAAUACCGAUAAAAACGAAUUGGACGCAUUAGAGAAAAUAUACUGCAAAAAUCGAAAGAAUCCGCUGUUGAUUGGAUCCGUCAAAACUAUUACAGGCCACGCAGAACCCACAUCAGCCCUGUUUUCUAUCAUUAAAACAAUAAUAGCCAUGGAGAACGAUAAAAUACCAGCGACCCUUCAAUUCGAAACACCAAAUCCGGAGAUAAAAGCUUUGAACAACGGUUCAAUCGAAGUGGUCACUACCAACAGAAAGUGGGAACCAAAGUAUGCGGCAGUUAAUGCUCUUAGUACUAGCUCUCACUUGGGGCAUAUCGUCCUAAAAGCCAACCCAAAGAAAAAAGUAAAUCGACCAAUAGAUUUGCCUAUAUUGCUCAUUGCUUCUACCAGAACUGAAGAAGGCAUUUUGAGCAUUUUAGAAACUUUUAAGAAGAAGCCAAAAGACGUGGAAUAUAACAAAUUGGUUCAAGAUGUUUUUUCUAAGUCAAUACAGGGACAUCUCUAUCGUGGUUACCUAAUGAUGGGACAAGAGGAUAAUAAGCAAGAUACUAUUAAUCACAUGGGAAAUAAAAGAGCCGUUUGGUUUGUUUACUCCGGUAUGGGUAGUCAAUGGAACGGAAUGUUGGGAGACUUAAUGAAAAUAGACGUUUUCGCCGAAUCUAUAAAAAGAUCUUGCGAUAUCUUGGCAAAAAAAGACGUGGACCUAAUGAAAAUUUUAAGUAGCCCCGAUAAAACUAUCUUCGAUAACAUAUUAAACUGUUUUGUUGGUAUUGCAGCUAUGCAGAUUGCUUUAACUGAUGUACUAAGAGCUCUUGGUAUAGUACCAGACGGAAUUAUUGGACAUUCUGUAGGCGAAUUAGGUUGUGCGUAUGCAGACGGUUGCAUGACAGCAGAGCAAAUGAUUCUUUCUUCGUAUUCCAGAGGAAGAGCAUCUAUAGAAGCGACCCUAAUACCAGGAAUGAUGGCUGCUAUAGGUCUUGGAUACAAUCAAAUAAAGAACAAACUUCCUCCGACGAUAGAAGUAGCUUGCCGCAAUGGACCCGAAAGUUGCACCAUAUCCGGUCCUGCUGAAGAUAUGGCAGGAUUCGUUAAAGAUUUACAAAACCAAGGAGUAUUCGCGAGAUUAGUUAACGUCGCAAACAUCGCCUAUCACAGCCGUUACAUCAAACCUGCUGCCCCUCUGCUACUGAAAUAUUUAAAACAAGUCAUUCCUAAACCGGUAGCGAGAUCGCCCAAAUGGAUUAGCACUUCCAACGUCGAAGCUAACUGGGACACGGACUUGGCAAAACAUUCUUCGGCCGAAUACCAUACUAAUAAUCUGUUGAGUUCUGUAUUGUUCGAAGAAGGUAUCAAUCAUAUUCCUAAAGAUUCAGUAUUAAUCGAGAUAGCGCCUCAUGGAUUGCUGCAAGCCAUCUUAAAGCGAUCCGUAAAAGAAUGUACUAGUAUUCCGUUGACUCAAAAGGGAGCCAAAAGUUCAAGUGAAUUUUUCUUCAACAGUCUGGGAAAGAUAUAUCUAUCUGGUAUAGAUAUAAAAAUUUCUAACAUUUACCCAAAAAUCGAGUAUCCCGUUAGCAGAAACACUUCAUCGCUGACCGAUUUGGUUCAUUGGAACCACACCGAAACAUGGAAUCGCAGCCAAGAAGCCCAAAGAACCAUAAGCGGUGUUAGAAACGUGAAUAUUAAUAUAAAUUCUGAAGAAUUCAGUUAUUGUUUCACGCAUAAGCUGCACGAACAAAUCGUUGUACCAGUUAGUACGUACCUAGACAUUAUCCUGCAAAUAACAGACAACGCAUUCGGAGGACACGGAGUUGUAUUCGAGAAUGUCCAUUUCAAAAGGCAUUUAAUCGUUCCGAAUAUUGGAAUCGUUUCCGUUAACGCCGUUGUACAACCUGGUAGCGGAGAAUUCGAAAUAUUUUCUGACAAUGAAUUAGUAGUCAAGGGCAAAAUUACCAUCAUUGAAGAUAAAGACGACAUGGAUGAUUUAGAAGUUUUAGAAAUUCCCGUUACCAAAGAAAGCGUCUAUCUAUCAGAAAACGAUGUAUAUACCGAACUAGAACAUAGAGGUUACAAACUCGAAGGAAUAUUUAAGGGAAUUAAACAGUUAACUCUCAGUCAAAAAGGUUCUACAGCAUGCAGAGAAUGGAACAACAAAUGGAAGGAUCUGAUCGAAACCAUGGUUCAACAGCACGCAUUUUAUGUUGGAGAAAGAAAUCAGCAAGUGUUCGUACCGAAGUAUAUACAAAAGAUUAGUAUGGUGCACGGUCUGCUUCCUAGUACGAACAGUGUCAAAAUCAAUUACGAAUAUUGUACGAGGUCAUUAUUUACAUCUGGAAUCGAAAUGAACGAUAUCAAAAGUAUCCCGUUCCAAAUGAAAACGAAGAAUGUAGAGUUGAAUGGAGUAGAUAUUAUGCAAUUAGACGAUAAUAUUUUUUCAGAAAUCGAAUUUGGUAUCGAACAAGCUCUUCAACUUACCAUCAACAAUUUUAAAGGACAAAAUACUGGAAAAUUAUGCAUUUCAGAAGUAGAAACAGACCUGCCACUUCAAGACAAGAUUAAAACCGUCAUUUCUGAGCACAGUACAAUCAACAUAAAAUCUAGUUAUGUCAAGGAACUAAAACAAAUCGUCAUGGCCGAUAACGUCCCGCAACUUUUAGUGAUGAACGACAUUGUAAAUUCCGAGGUACUCUCGUUAAUGUCGAAUUCGUGGAGUGUAUUUUUGUUUGUUAAAGACGACCCUGGUAGAAGACUAGAUGAUGGAAAUAUUGCCGUUGUAUCUCGAUUCAGAUACGGUUCAGAUCAUUAUAUUAUUUGCAGAAAGGCCACCACUAACAAAGCAAGAAUAAUUAACAUCAACCAAAAAGAAUUAAGCAUCAAGGAUUUAGAAAAAAAAUCAGUACCGUGGGUUAGCGAUUUAUUUAAUACCGUUAAACAAAAUCAAAAAACACCUAUAUUAUUGGUGACAUCGUUAAUACCUACAGAAGGAUUUAUCAAUUUCAUGAAAGGGAUCAGGAGAAUUCCAAAUUCCAACAAUAUCCGUAUCUUUUACAAUCUCGAUGAAAAUCCUCAAAGUAUCGAAGAAGCUUUAAAAAGAAAUCUAUCUCUAACGAUACUAAAAAACAAUUGCUGGUACACCUAUCUAUCUAUGGCAAUGAAAUUUGAUGAAACAACCGAAAAUAAAUUAUCCCAGACACCUCUAAUAGAAAACCGACUAAUCAGCUACAUUGGUCUUAACUUGAAAGACGAAACUAUCACUCCAGAGUUAACUAAUAAAAACGAAAUCGGUAAUAUCGAUUAUUGCGGUGUGACUAAAAACGGAAAACGAGUGAUGGGAUUGGCGUAUUUGGAUCAAGAAAGCUCCAAAUUAGUGGUUGACGAUACUUUGACUUGGGAUGUACCGGAAGGAUUCUCUCUGGAUGAUGCCGUUACUGUACCGCACGCGUACGUUAGCGCUUACUACAUGAUGGUCAUCAAAGGAAGGAUCAAACACGGCGAGACCGUUUUGAUACACGCAGGCUGUUCAGCGAUAGGUCUUGCAGCUAUAUCCGUAGCUUACAGCUACGGAUGUCAAAUAUAUACGACGGUUCAAACAAAUCGACAAAGGGUGUAUCUAAAGAAACACUACGUAUUCUUACAAGAUCGAAACAUUUUUGAUUCAAGUUCAAACUUCGAUACAGACUUUUUGUUAGCCACUGGAGGCAACGGAGCUCAUUUACUGUUAAAUUGUCUUUCUGGAUCGUCGUUAAAAAGCACCUUCGCAUGUACCGGAAAGUACGGUAGAUUCAUUCAAUAUUGCAAAUACGAUUUGGAGCAGGGCAAUACCAUAGGAAUGUCUCAGUUUUUAAAUAACGCCGAUUUCUAUCACGUCGAUCUACAAAACGUUUUCCAUCAGAAUAAGGCCGUUAAACAAGAAAUUAGGAAUUUGAUCAGCGAAGGUUUCGAGACGUACAUCGUGAGACCCAUAAAGAAAGACAUUAUAAAACAUCAUAAUAUUUCAACUAUUAUGAAGAAACUUGAGUCUCCGGAGAUAAUUGGAAAAAUUAUUAUUGAUGCCGUCAAUAAUUUGAGUGUUAACAAGCUAAACGUUAAAGAACCACACCGUUACAUUUGUAAUUCAAGAAAUACUUAUCUAGUGUUCGGUGGUUCAGCAGAAAGUUGGAUCGACAUGGCAGAAUGGUUGGUCCACAGAGGGGCUAGAAAAGUCAUAAUAAGCAGCGACAGUAAACCAACAGAAAAUUAUCUGAACAGAAGAUUAACGAUCCUUGAAAAUUACUACGGAGCCGACGUAAUAAUGGCUGCAAGUAAAAUACAAUCGGAAAGUGGCGCACUUGAACUUCUGUCGGAAGUUUCAAAUUUGGGUGCUCUGAAUACGAUGUUCAUCUUACCCAACGAGACCGGUAGCUCAGCAUAUAUCGACGAAAUCGUAGAACCAUUUGAUAAAGCUUUACGAAAGAUAGCACCUAGAGCAUUGCUGGUGAACUUUAUACCCUCAUCAACGGGAAUAUGUUACAAGAGGUCAAUGUCUGGUUACUUUACGAAUAACAUAGAAUUUUCCAAUCAGGAAAAAAUUUGCGACGUCAUCCCUAGUUUGGAUGCUAUUUUGAAUUCCAGCUGCAAUAAUGUCAUUUUAAAGAAAUUGAAUACUGGUGACUCUACAGAGAAUGCCAAUGUAGCAGUAAUCAAUGACGCAACGAGAUUACUCCCUAAACUUGAAGAUAUCAUCAAUUUACAAAAGAAUGCUCCCAACGAGCCAGAAUUGGUUCAAGUAUUAACAGAAGGUCCGGCGGAAAUUAGAGAACUAGCGCCUGUAUUCAUAAUUCCCGGUCUAACAGGUUACAAAGAGUUAGAAACGUUCACCAGACACUUGCUGUAUCCAGCUUUCUGCGCGGUGUAUCCUUCCACACCUUGGCCGUUCGAGAAGCUUGCAGAAGUUUAUGCGCAAAAAAUCAUCGAAGUAUUUCCGAGAGAAUUUUAUAAUAUCAUAAGCAUAUCAUCUGGAGGUCCUUUGGCCAUAGAGGUAGCCAAAAUACUUACAAAAAAAACUGCAGACGUCCAUCUGUUCUUUAUUGACAGUCCUCCUGUAAGAGUUCAACAAGGUUUCCAAAAUCUCGGCGAAAACGAUGUGCAAGUUGAAGUGGACUUGUUGAGAACUGUAUUCGAGAAAAAUGAUUUAGAGAUUGUCAAACAACUUAAGAGUUGUCCAAACUUCGAAGCCAGAAUUAAAAUGCUGCUCCAAAGGCUUGAGAAAUCGGAGAAAAACAAGAAACUACUCGAAAAAGGACUUAUAUUUGUGAAAGAUUUCAUGGAAAGGGUGAAAAAGUUUAAGCCUGACAAUGAACUGUUACCGGGGCGAGUGCAUAUUUUGGUUCCUGACGACUGCAAUGCAUUUGAAAAUUACGGUCUGUCUUCGUACUUCAAAAAUACACCUACCAUUACUCAAGUUCCUGGAGAUCAUCUGAGCAUUAUUACGAACAGCGUUACUUUUGAAUAUGUUAACCAAAAUCAUUACCAGAUAUAUUAAAAAUUAAGUCUAAUAUAUUUUUUUUUUCAAUAAAAGUUUGUUUGUAUAUGUUUA